CCUGCUAAAGUCCAAGCCGGGCUGGAGGAUGUGUCACCGGCCUGCCUGCGUGGAAGCCCAGGAGAAAUGGCUAUAAAUAUGGAAGGGUUGGGCAGGCUGAGCAGAGCAGAGCAGAAGGAACCCUGGAGGAGGACAGCUAUUCCCUUAAGGAACGCCAACAAAGAGUCGCUCACCGCAGACCACCAUGUCUCUGAAGGGAGCUGCCUUCUUCUUUGGCCUCUUGGCCAUCAUUGCAGGGGCCCAGGCUGAGGUCAGCGCUGACCAGGUGGCCGAUGUGGUUUGGAAUUACUUUACCCAGCUGAGCACCAAUGCCAAGGAGACAGUGGACCAGCUCCAGCAGUCGGAGAUCAGCAAGCAACUCAAUUCUCUCUUCCAGGACAAUUUUGAGGCUGUCAGCACCUACGCUGGGGAACUCCAGAAGCAGGUGGUCCCCUUUGCCACCAAGCUCCAUAGUCAGCUGGCAGAAGACUCUGAGAAGGUGAAGGAGCAAAUCCAGCGGGAGCUGGACCAACUCCGAGCCAGGAUCACUCCCCACGCUGAAGAGGUCCGCCGCCAGAUAGCCAGCACCAUCCAGAACCUCCAGACCCAGCUGAGACCCUAUGCUGAGGAGUUGCGCACGCAGGUGAACCAAAAUGCUGCUGAGAUGCGCCAGAGGUUGGAGCCCUUGGCACAAGAGAUGCAGGCCAAGCUGCGUGAGAACGCGGGCAGCCUCCAAGCCUCCCUCUCCCCCUACGCUGACCAGCUACAGCAGCAGAUCGAGCAGCAGGUAGCGGCAGUCAAGGGGACACUGGACCCCUAUGCCAACAAGCUCAAGGCUGAGGCAGAUCGGACCCUGGAAGAGCUGCGUGCUGGCCUCUCGCCAUUCGCCCAGGACGUCCAGGAUCAGCUCAAUCACCAGCUGGAGGGUCUCUCCUUCCAAAUGAAGAAGGGUGCUGAGGAGCUGCGGAUGAAGCUCUCCAAGGGGGCUGAAGACCUGGAGGCAAAGCUGAGCCCUCUGGCACAAGAGCUGAGGGAGAAGUUGCAGCAGGACCUGCAGGAAUCCCUGGCCCCUUACGUGGACAGCUUGAGUGGGAAGAUCGAUGGACGCAUUGAGGAGUUCCGUCAAACAGUGGGGCCUUAUGGGGAGAACUUCAACCAGCUCCUGGUGCAGAAGGUGGAUGAGAUGAGGAAGACAUUGGAGCCCUACGCCGAUGGGGCAGGAGACCACCUGAGUUUCCUGGAGAAGAACGUGAGGGACAAUCUCGCUUCCUUCUUCAACACCCUCAAACAGAAGGUGGACCAGAUGGAGGAAAAGGAAACACCAGCGUCCCCCUCCUUGGACAGCGACAGCUCAUAGAACCCACCCUUUCUUCUAUUACUCCAUGACUCCAGUGUUCUUUGGGCUUCAAAGCUUGAGGUCCUCCUGACCUACCUCUGAAAGGGAAAAUCCAAAACAUCACGCAGGAACCUUGGAGGGAGAAUGCCUGCAUGAUGGGCCAAAGAUUGAGCACCUCUGUUACUCCAUUUGUCUGUUAGCUGCUGCUAGCCAUCUCCAUGCACUUUUGUGUACACACAAGCACACCUGGCAGGCACAGGCCAGAUGCAAUAGAUAUAAUAAAUGAGCAACUCAGCAAUUCAGAAGAGUGACUCUGUUUCUUUCAUGG